CCCUAUAAAUUGCGAAGCCCCUACAGAUACAGCUAAACUCCUGCAGUUGUAAUUAGAAACAAGAAAUACCAGCAAAUACUUGUCCUUGAUAAUAACACCCCAAGUUUUGAUCUUGUCAUUCCAUUUUCAACAUAUAGUUAUUCUUGCACCAUUGUAAUUUCACCAAACAACAAUGGUGGUCUUAACAAAACCUACCAUUGAGCACUUUCCCAUAAUCAACUGCAAAGCCCCCUCAUUCUUGAAUGAUAUUCCAGUGAUAGACCUCUCUAAACCCGACUCAAAAAACCUCAUUGUUAAGGCCUGUGAAGAAUUUGGAUUCUUCAAAGUGAUAAAUCAUGAUGUCCCUAUUGAAUUCAUAAGUAAACUUGAAUCUGAAGCCAUCAAAUUCUUCUCAUUUCCCCUCUCUGAAAAACUAAAAACAGGUCCUGCUGACCCUUUUGGCUAUGGCAACAAAAAGAUUGGACAGAAUGGCGAUAUUGGUUGGGUCGAAUACAUUCUCCUUUCAACAAACUCUGAAUUCAAUUACCUCAAAUUCGCAUCUAUAUUAGGUGUAAAUCCAGAAAACAUUCGGGCUGCAGUAAAUGAUUAUGUGUCAGCGGUGAAGAAAAUGUCGUGCGAGAUUCUUGAAAUGCUGACAGAGGGAUUAAAGAUUCAUCCUAAGAAUGUUUUCAGUAAGCUAUUAAUGGACCAAAAAAGUGACUCUGUUUUCAGGCUCAAUCACUAUCCACCAUGUCCUGAGAUUGAAGAAUUCAAUGGAAAAAAUAUGAUUGGAUUUGGAGAGCAUACUGACCCACAAAUCAUAUCUGUAUUAAGAUCCAACAACACUUCCGGCCUUCAAAUUUUACUAAAAAAUGGCCACUGGAUUUCUGUCCCACCUGAUCAGAGUUCUUUUUUCGUCAAUGUUGGUGACUCAUUGCAGGUGAUGACUAAUGGAAGGUUUAAGAGUGUGAAGCAUAGGGUAUUGGCAAACAGUGUGAAAUCAAGACUAUCAAUGAUAUAUUUUGGAGGACCACCCUUGACUGAAAAGAUAGCACCUUUGCCAUCACUAAUAGAAGGAAAAGACAGCUUGUACAAAGAGUUUACGUGGUUUGAGUACAAAAAAUCUGCGUACAAGAGCAGGCUGGCUGAUAAUAGGUUGGUCCUAUUUGAGAAAAACUUACAAUAAGGAUUACAAUGAUGAUGUAUAUAGUUUGAACUCUUGAGAAAAUAGUAACCUCGUAAUUAUUUUUCUUGUUUUAGUGCAUGCAUCCAACUCUUUUGGAAGGAUUUGUUGUCAAGAUGUUAUAACUUAGAAUGAUGUUACAAGACACAUCUCUUGCUAAUAAUAGUAGGAGUAGUUCAAAGUCA